UUAUUUUGAGUGAGGCAUAUUUUUGAUAUAUAAUAUAAAAACGGUGGAGUUGGAAAAUGAUUGAAGAAGCAUCAGUGUUGAGUGGCUUAGAGGUUCCAAGUGUUGGAUCGUCGGGAUAUUUUCAUUGGCUUAAUCGAACUCCCAAUCUUGUAUCUCGCAUUUCUACAUUAAGAAUUUCUGGUGCUUGUUUUUGGGAUUCGAAGAAGCUUGAUUUUUCCAGGAGAAAGAGGACAAACAAGAAGUUGAUUUCAGAAAAGUUCACAUGUAAAAUGGCGAACGCCAAAGAGGAAGGAACCACAAAAGAUACUACUAUCUCUGGGAAUAUGAUUUUUGAGCCUAUACUGGAAGAUAGUGUUUUUCGAUUUGAUUGUUCUGCAAAUGAUAGAGCUGCGGCUUAUCCAAGUUUUUCUUUCAUAAAACCCAAAGACAGAGACACACCGAUUUCUAGCCAGAAGCUUCCUACGUACAUCCCUGUUUUUGAGUGUCUCCUUGGACAGCAGAUUGUUAAACUUGAGCUUCCUGCUGGUACCUCUCUUUAUGGAACCGGAGAAGUUAGUGGACAGCUCGAGCGAACGGGGAAAAGAAUUUUCACAUGGAAUACAGAUGCUUAUGGAUAUGGUUCUGUAACUACAUCUCUGUACCAAUCACAUCCAUGGGUGUUGGCAAUUCUUCCAAAUGGAGAGGCACUUGGCAUUCUUGCUGAUACAUCCCUGCGCUGUGAGAUUGAUCUGAGGGAAGAUUCAGUAAUACAAUUUAUUGCUCCUUCCUCAUAUCCUGUCAUUACAUUUGGUCCGUUUUCCUCACCAGCGGCUGCUUUAAAGUCAUUCUCCAGGGCAGUUGGCACCGUGUUUAUGCCCCCAAAAUGGGCCUUAGGCUACCACCAAUGCCGUUGGAGCUAUGAUUCUGCUGAUAGAGUACUUGAGGUUUCAAGAACAUUUCGAGAGAAAGAUAUACCCUGCGAUGUUAUAUGGAUAGAUAUAGACUACAUGAAUGGUUUCCGUUGUUUCACUUUCGACCCUGAGCGUUUUGCUGAUCCAAAAACUUUGGCGGAUGAUCUUCACCAAAUUGGUUUUAAAGCUAUUUGGAUGCUUGAUCCUGGAAUCAAACAUGAAAAGGGUUAUUUUGUCUAUGACAGUGGUUCUGAAAAAGAUGUCUGGGUCCAAAAAGCUGAUGGAGAACCUUACGUAGGUGACGUUUGGCCUGGGCCUUGUGUAUUUCCUGAAUUUACACAAGCUAAAGCUCGAUCCUGGUGGGCAAAUUUAGUUAAAGAUUUUAUUUCUAAUGGUGUUGAUGGUAUAUGGAAUGACAUGAAUGAACCAGCUAUUUUUAAGACUGUAACAAAAACGAUGCCUGAGAGCAACAUUCAUAGGGGAGAUGAAGAAUUUGGUGGUUGCCAGAGUCAUUCUUACUAUCACAAUGUGUAUGGAAUGUUGAUGGCUAGAUCAACAUAUGAAGGGAUGAAAUUGGCUAACAGUGGAAGGCGUCCUUUUGUUCUCACUAGGGCCGGUUUUAUUGGUAGCCAAAAGUAUGCUGCUACGUGGACAGGUGACAACAGUUCAAGCUGGGAUCAUCUUCACAUGAGCAUCUCCAUGACACUUCAGUUGGGACUCAGUGGUCAACCACUAUCUGGACCUGAUAUUGGUGGCUAUGUUGGAAACGCAACACCUAGGCUUUUUGGAAGGUGGAUGGGAAUUGGUGCAAUGUUUCCUUUCUGCCGUGGACAUUCUGAAAUGGGCACUGCUGACCAUGAACCAUGGUCAUUUGGAGAAGAGUGUGAAGAAGUUUGCCGCCUAGCAUUGAAGAGACGCUACCGCCUAUUACCUCAUAUAUACACUCUUUUCUAUAUAGCUCAUACGACAGGUGUUCCUGUUGCAACUCCUGUUUUUUUUGCAGAUCCAAAAGAUCCCAACUUAAGGAAAACUGAAAAUUCUUUUCUUCUCGGUUCAAUUUUAAUCUAUUCCAGCACUUUGCCGAAUCAAAGAAUUGACAAUUUGAAUUUGACACUGCCAAAGGGAAUUUGGUCGAGAUUUGAUUUUGGUGACUCACAUCCGGAUCUACCAGUCUUAUUUUUGCAAGGUGGAUCAAUUGUUCCUUUAGGUCCUGUUCACCAGCAUACUGGAGAAGCCAAUCCAUCUGAUGAUAUAUCUCUUCUUGUGGCUUUGGAUGAAAAUGGCAAGGCUGAAGGUGUUCUAUUUGAAGAUGAUGGCGAUGGAUAUGGUUUCAGUUUAGGUGCAUACCUAUUGACACAUUAUGUUGCAGAACUAGAAUCUUCAGUUGUUACUGUUAAGGUUUCUAGAACUGAAGGAUCAUGGACUAGGCCAAAUCGGCGACUGCAUGUUCAAAUAUUAGUGGGUGGAGGGGCAAAGAUCGAUGCUUGGGGCACAGAUGGAGAACUUUUGCAAGUGACAUUUCCCUCUGAGCAAGAAGUGGCUGACCUGGUAGCCACCAGUGAGAAGGAAUAUCAUCAUCGAUUAGAGAGUGCUAAGACUUUACAAGAUGUUGAAGAGGUUCCUGAACAUAAAGGAGUAUCCCUUUCAAAGACUCCUAUUGAACUGAAAGGCACUUGUUGGUCAGUUAAAGUAAUUCCGUGGAUUGGGGGUAGAAUACUUUCUAUGACACACCUUCCUUCAGGGAUACAAUGGCUCCAAGGCAAGAUUGAAAUCAAUGGUUAUGAAGAGUACAGUGGCACGGAGUACCGAUCUGCUGGAUGUACUGAGGAAUAUAGCAUCAUUGGUCGAAACUUUGAGCAUGAAGGGGAUGAGGAAUCUCUUGAACUCGAAGGUGAUAUUGACGGAGGGUUAGUUCUAAGACGAAAAAUAUACAUUCCAAAGGAAGAUACAAAGAUACUUAAGAUUAACUCCAACAUUGUAGCUGUCAAAGUAGGUGCUGGUUCUGGUGGAUUCUCAAGGUUGGUCUGCUUAAGAGUCCAUCCAAUGUUUAACCUUUUACAUCCCACAGAAUCGUUUGUUUCAUUCACAUCCAUCGACGGAUCUGUGCAUGAAUUCUGGCCUGAGUCAGGGGAGCAGUAUUUGGAGGGAGACCUUUUACCUAAUGGUGAAUGGAAGCUAGUUGAUAAAUGUCUGGGACGAGCAUUAGUCAACAAAUUCGACAUUAAGGAGGUUCACAAAUGUCUCAUCCACUGGGGAACUGGAACUGUCAACCUCGAGCUAUGGUCGGAACAAAGACCGGUGUCUAAGGAAACACCACUCCAAAUCUCACACAGUUACGAGGUGAUCUAAACUCCAUUGAUUGUUACAAUGAAGAAUUGCUUUUCAGAAUCUGCAAAAUAAGUUUAAAGCUAUUAAAGCUUUAACACUAUGUUGUGUUCUUAAUCAAACUUUUACUUGAACCACUAAACAUGCCAACUGGGAACAGAACAGUUUCUCAAAUAAAGGUUGCUUAGAUUUGCAACAAACCCACCUCUCUUCCUUGUUUGUUUCUACUUGGCUUGGCUUUAGCAGUUGGAAUAACAAUAACCUAGUCGAUCCGAUCCACCUUUAAUAAAUUUUAUAAACUGUUCUUUGUAUUCAGGGUUGAUUUUAGUUAAAAAUAUUUCUUAUAGAUCAAAUUGGUACAAAUUGUAAAGUGCAUAAACUAAGCUUAGACUUUAAACUGCUAUCAUUUUGAAAAUACUUGGUCAAACUCGAGAUCAAAUUAUUGUUUUAUUAUUAUUUUG